UUGGUCACAUAACAUAUUAUAUAACUGGAAAUUACUAUUCGUCAUGAUGAAACUAAAUAAAUCAUACGUGAUAGCUACAUUUGCCGGACUAACAAUGGUUGCAGUAAUGGGCAGCGCUGUGUACGUGUAUCUUCCGGAGCCAUCGAAUGGAAAGCACCCGCCCAAUGUUAUCAUCAUGCUCGCGGACGACGUGGGAUAUGGCGACCUACAAUCCUAUGGACAUCCAACUCAGGAACGAAACCCAAUUGAUCGAAUGAUAAAUGAAGGAAUUAAGUUUACGGAUUUUCACAGUCCUUCUCCCAUGUGUUCUCCAAGUAGAGCUUCGAUUUUAACAGGUCGCUAUCCGAUACGCGCUGGAAUUUUUGGACACGGAAAUGUUUUUGCCCCACACUCGUCAGGUGGUCUACCAAAACGUGAAAUAACUUUACCGGAAAUACUCAAAGAGGGAGGCUACAAAACUGGAAUGGUUGGAAAAUGGCAUCUGGGAAACAACGCAAAAAAUCGAACAGAUGGAGAAUAUUUGCCAUAUCACCAUGGAUUUGAUUAUGUGGGAACAAUUCUUCCUCAUUCCCAAAUGUGGGCUUGUGAUCCCAAAAAGUAUAAAGUCUCACAGAUGAGAUCGUGCUUUUUAUAUCGAAACGAUACACUCAUUGAACAGCCUAUCAAUCUCAAUACAUUAACUCCAAGACUUGUGAAGGAUACGAAAAAUUUUAUCACCGAUAACAAGGACCGUCCGUUCUUUUUCCUAUUAUCAUUCCCACAAACUCAUUCCGCCGUAUUUGCCAAUCCUUCAUUUUAUGGAAAAUCAAAACGAGGUAUAUACGGAGACGCUGUAAAUGAAAUGGGCUGGGCAGUUGGAGAGGUGUUAGAUCACUUAGUCGAGGUUGGAAUUGAAAAAGACACAUUUGUAGUAUUUUUAUCGGAUCAAGGACCUCUUAAAGAUGGAUGCAAAAAUGGCGGUGUGACAGGAUUCUACAGAGGAGGGAAAGCAACUACUUGGGAUGGAGGUAUUCGAGUUCCAGCUGCGGCGUGGUGGCCAGGAACAAUUAAAACUAAUCAAGUCAGUGAUACAACACUGAGUAUGAUGGAUUUAUUCCCGACUAUAUUGAAGUUUUCAGGUCUAUCGAAUCAUACGAUCUUGGACAAGGUUACAAUAGAUGGAAAAGAAAUAAACGAAAUACUAUUAGAAGGAAAUAAGGAAUCGCCCCACGAAGCGCUUUUCUAUUACUAUGGCGAGGCACUGAAUGCCGUACGUUACGAGCGAUAUAAAAUUCAUUAUUACACGAUGUCUUUUGUCAAGGACGCCAUGAACAGUCUCGGAGAUCAGAGAUGCGACUACACAAACUUCUUCUCCAUUGAACAGAUAGUUUUUGGUUUCAAGAGCAGAUCCACGAAGCAUGAUCCGCCUCUUAUAUUUGACAUUGUGGCCGAUCCAGAAGAGAUAGUUCCACUGGACCAAUCAGACCCCAAAUACAAAAAUAUAUUGAAAAAGGUUGAUGAUAUAGUGCAGGAUCACAAGAAGUCUAUCGUUCCCGUUGAGUCAGAAGUUGACAAGCCAAGGAUUUUAGAUCUGAUUCCAUGCUGCAAUUAUCCUAGAUGCACCUGCAAUUACAAUGAAGAAAUAAUGAAAGAAUAGUUCAUUAAAUUUGCCCUUAAAACAUACAAUCACAAUUGUAUGCAUUCGGUGAUGCAGGUGGAAAAUAUAUGAACAACAUCAUUAAACCGGGUUGCUUGUUCACAACUAACCGACAUCUUUGAGUUCUAGUCCUGUAGAUUGUCAUAUAUAUAUAUAUACUUGUAAUCAUGUUAUUAACGUAAGUAAUUAUCAUCCCCCAUUCAUUUCAAAUAGUAAUAAAAUUAUGUAAAAAAUAAUAACGAUUAUGAAAAAUUAAAAUUAAUGAAUAAAAACUUCAUUCUUCUGUA